AUGGAGGAAGAUCCUUUGGAGUUUAUAGAGGAGGUCUCUAGGGUGUUGCACUUUGUAAGAGUAACACCGGUAGAGAAGGCGGAAUUGGCCGCUUACCAAUUGAAGGAUGUUUCUCUAUUGUGGCUUAGUCAAUGGAAAGGAGUGAGGCCGGUAGAAGCGGGCCCUAUGGAAUGGGAAAGAUUUAUGAAUGGGUUCGUUGAUAGGUUUUUCCCUUUAGAGGUGAAAGAGGCUAAGAUACUUGAGUUUGUUAACCUUCAUCAAGGUAGGUUGAGUGUUGAAGAGUAUGCUCGGGUGUUCACUAGGUUGUCAAGAUAUGCUCCAUCCAUAGUUGCCAACCCUAAGAUGAAGAUGAGUAAGUUUGUGUCAGGUUUAUCCAACUUGAUAAUAAGAGAAUGUAGUAUGGUUAUGCUUGAGAAUGAUAUGGCUAUGGAUCGUCUUGUGAUUCAUGCUCAACGGUUUGAAAAUGAGAAAUUUGAAGAGAGGUCUAGAGGAACAAAGAGGUAUAGGCUUGAAGAUGAUGACUCCUCCCAAGAAGGGUCUUAUGGUCAAAGCCAUUCCAAUAUUCCCCCUAAGUUUAACCAAAAGGAGGUGUCUACCCUAAAAUCUAAAGGAGUGAGUGGUAGUGGAUCUUAUGUAGUUAGUCCUACUUGUGCUAGGUGUGGAAAGAAACAUAAUGGUAAGUGUCUAGCCGGUACAAAGGGUUGUUAUGGUUGUGGUGGAAGUGACCACCUAAUAAGAAAUUGCCCGAUAAUUACGGCUAGGGGAAGAGAGAUGAAGAAAAUUAGGACCGAUGUUCUUCAAGGUAGAGGUGAACAAAAGUGUCCUCCUAAUGUGGCUACCGGUAUGUGUUUUAUGCUUACCUCUAUUCCGAUAAUACUUGUCUUUUGUGACCUGAUAAAUUGGAUAUGA